AUGCCUAGAAAUUCUCGUUCCACCUCCAUUAAACCGCUUACCCUACCCUUUCCUCCCGUUAUAACGAUAGAAGAACUUCUUGCAAAUGCUGUUAAAUCUAAGAAAGCCAACGUGACCAUCCCAAAUUCUUUUAUCGCAUACAGAAUGGC